UGAAUCUAACACUUUAAAAUACCAAAUGCAUAUUUAAAAAGGUUGAUAGACAUUCAACAACAUCAAUACAAAAAAUCCAACAAAUGACAUACACCAUUGAAAUUUGAAGAAAUCAUCCGAUGGAGAAAACGAAGAUUCAAAGAACGGAGCAAAAAAUAAAAAUAAAAAAGCCCGCUAAAUCCAGCUUGUCCAAAUGCACGCUUACCAAUAACAGAUCGCCAGUUGUCGAUCUGUCAUUCUCUCCAUUUCUCCUUUUCCUUCCCUUUCCCUCAACCAAAACCAGCAGCUCUGCAACUUGGUUUAGGGUUUCCAUACUCCAUGAAUUCUUUCGCCUUCUUUUUUUAAACAUUGAGAUUCUCAAUCAAUGUGGGCUUCAUCUAAAUUCACGCUUCCCCUCACCUGGGUUUGCAUUAUAUUCCUCAAUCUUCAUCCCAAUCGUUGGCUAAAUUAAAAAUCAUAACCAUGGCUUGAGCUUCUACUAAACUCCAUUCCUCUGUUAUUAGGCAAACAAAAAGGGAGACUUUAGAGUUUAGAUUCCUUCACUUGUAUGAAAUCCUAAUUGUUAAUAGGCAAGGAGCAGAUUAAGCCAUCCAAGUUUCAAUUUUGAUUGAACUGCAGGAACUAAUUGCUGGAAGCAUACAUUUGGGUUGUUUUUUUUAGAUUUUUGGGUGAAAUGGGUUCAUCAGCUUUCUUCAUUAUUUGCAUUCUACAUUCAGCCAUAGCAACAACCUGCGGUGGGUUCAUUAUGUUUUAUCUGAAGGAGAUCUCUGUUUUGGGGCACGGAAUCGAGACGGCGAAAAAGAUGAUGGGAUCAACUCCACAUGAUCAGCUGUUGAUACAGACAUCUGAUUCGUUUGCAGGGCUGCUUCUGUUCGUAAUUGGGUUGUUAUUGUUCAUGGUUGCUUUUGUCAAAGACAGGGAGUUCCAGAACUUCUUCGCAAAGGGGCUUAUUCUUAUUCAUUUGUCGGUCGCACUCUGGAGAGUUUUCUUCGAGAGGAAACUUGAAGAUUUAGCUUAUGAUUGGCCUAGACAGCUUGUUGGUGACUUUGUUCUUGGACUUUCAUGGCUUUUCUUUCUUGUUUAUUCAUGGAGGGAAAAAUAUGAUUGAUAAAUUAUGUAUAUUAUUAGAUCUAAUGGGCUGCUCUGCUUCCUAUAAUUGCAGAGAUUUUGAGGGAUAAUGCCAGUGUUUCGAUUAAUUGGAGUUUGAGGCUUUGUCCAGAAUGCAUUAUUUUCUUCCGGUAACUCGGCCAACCGAAUGAUGGUUGAAUAAUGAUGUGAAAGUUUGUUUUUUAUGUUAGAUUUUGUGGCGGAGCAGUCUGGUGUUUUCUCAAUGACAGUCUAAGCUCCUCUGCCUGAACUAAAAGCUGUUUUCCACAACUGAGCUGAUGGAAAUUAAUUUUUGGAUAUAAUUUGGUGGAGCUAUAUGUCCUAUUUGAUAUCUGCCAAUUCUUGUAUCUUGUGUUGAACUUUAUUCACUAUCAACUCCAGGGAAAAAAAUAUUGUGUUGGUGUUGCUGACUUGCUGCAAAACCAAACAGCCUCAUUUGACACUCACUCUGAUCCCAAAAUUAUUAUCCGUGUUUAGCUUUUUAUUUUUUAGUUCAAUUUGUACUAAAUGAAAAACUAAAACUGGACAAUAAUUUCAAGACAGAUAGAAUAUUUCUUUGAGA